AUGUCGUCUACUGCAAUUCGGCAUCAGAACUCCACGGUUGCAACAAUCUCCACCAAGAAAAGCUAUGCUCCGCUUGGACACUAUUCCCAAGCAUUCAAAUCCAAUGGCCACAUUUGGCUCGCAGGGCAAAUCGCUGCUGAUAUCAACGGUCAAUUGAUCGAAGGUUCAGUUGCCGAUCAAGCUCGCCAGAUUUGCAAGAAUACUGAAGAGAUUCUGAAGGAGGCCGGUUCCAGCUUAGAUAAGGCCGUCAAGAUCACAGCAUGUUCCGUAUAUACCAGCGACUUUUCUGCUCUUCCUGAGUUCAACGAGGUUUACAACAGCUACUUCCCACAGAAGCCCCCACGGACUUCUGUAGAAGUUUCAAAGCUACCUCUGGGCGUGAAAUUUGAAAUGGAUGUAAUUGCCGUUGAAUAA